ACAGUGCCUCAUUUCUGUUGUGCGAGAGGAGGUGUUAAACAUUUCAUUUAUAGCAGAGUUGCGAAUUAGAAUUUCAGGUUCUUUGGUAAGGGACUUGGAAGCGAGCACACAGAGAGCUACAGCUGGUGUAAAAAGAACAAAUGGAAAUGAACUGAGUGAGGAGUGCAGCCACGAUCAAAAUCAGAAACUGAAAGGAGGCAACCACUCAGAGACAGUAACCAUGGAAACCAGCCAGCUUUCAGAAAUGGAUCCUGCAACUGAGAGCAAAAUGGAUUCUGUUGCGAAAGAGAAGCUAGAAAACACAGAAGAAGGUGGUGAACAGUUUAGUUCCAGCAUAGGUUUAUUGGAAGCCCCGGAAACAGAUGGUGCCAUGGAAACAUCCAUGGAUCACAGAGACAUGACUGAAAUCAACAAUGGAAUGGGGACUGUUAAUGGACAGGACAGUACAACAGAUCUACCCCAACAAGAGGACACCCUGGUCCUAAAAGUGGAACAAGAAGAGCUUGUUCGGACAGAUUCAAUUACCUCAUCUGUCUCUGACACACCCUCUAGCCCCAGAAGCGUUUAUGAGAACAAGCUGGCUAGUGACUCACAGGACUUGCCGGACCAAAAGCAGCCAGACAGUCCCACAGUGACAGAUGAUGCUGGAGACAACCACAUUUUAGAGAAGGUGGAGGACCAGUCCAAGGUGCUGGAAGCCCUUGUGGAAAGUGAAAGCCAAAAGCCAAAUAACUUGCCGGACCAAAAGCAGCCAGACAGUUCAACAGUGACAGAUGAUGCUGGAGACAACCACAUGUUAGAGACGGUGGAGAACCAGUGCAAGGUGCAGGAAGCCCUCGUGGAAAGUGAAAGCCAAAAGGAAAUACAAGAAACCAUCCUGGAGCAGCAGAUCCUGGAAGAGGCUCCCUCAGAAAUUUCCACUGAGUCAUGUCACAACCCAGACCCAGAUGAUGACCUAAGCGACUGUCUGCAUGCUGAAAUAGCCAUCGUCUCCUCCGACAGUGAAACAGAUGAGAACUGGAGGGCCAUAUUUUCAUCUUCCGUGCAUAAGGAAGACGGUGAUAAGUUCUUCCUGGAUGGAGCCCAGGAGAUCAAUGUCGGAGAGCUGCUUGUUCAAAAAGAUACAGGUGCCACAGGGUUCAGUCAAGGUGUUGAAGCUAUAGCAACAUGCAACACUGACAUCUUGGAGCAACCUCAGCCCCCUGAGGAGCCUAUCAUGCCAAUGCACACCUGCUCCUCUGAGGACUCAGCCCCACAGGACUCCCACAACUUGACAAACAUCUCAGAGAACAAGCUGCAACAGGGGGUGAGGCCCAACAACAUGCGCCCUUCACCUGCCAAGACAAACUCAGAAAAGAGGGUUCCCAGUGACUACUGCGUGAUCCAGGAAAAUAAGAGCAAGAACGUCAGCACAGAACAUGUCGACUUCCAGGGGGCCCGCAAGCAGUGGCUGCAAAUGGAAGAGCAGACAAAGUUUCAGGCGCAUGACCCCCCCACCAAAAAGGGCACGAGCCAGGCCAGCCACAGCUUCAUGUGCACGCCUGUCCGGACCUUCAGUAAGCCCAAAAGAGACCAAGAGUUUGAAAGCCUGGGGCCAAGUGAGUACCCAUACACUCAAUUCAGUCCCUGCUCAGAGGACUCAGGCCUAGAUGACUCUAGCUACAGAUCAGCGUAUGAUGACCCUGAGACGCCCAUUGAGAGAGAGAUACGACUGGAACUGGAGAGAGAGGAGAGCCUCAGGCGGGAGAGGGGCCUUCCCAAAGCAGUGGACACUGGAGAACACGUGCAGGCUAAGGUCAGGUCACCCACCUUCCACCUGGACAAGCCUGACAAGAGCCCGUCACGGGACCGGCUGCUGCGGUCGCCCAGUGGUUCCAAGACCCCGCCGUCGUUCACCUUCACUUCCAAACCACCGGCAGCGAAGGCUCCAGUGUAUCACGAGAUGACAGCUAACAACGUCAUCAUCCUUGAACCGGCAGAUCCCUACCCUACAAGCCCGCGACAUCCUGCCAGGCGGUCCCCAAGUCCUCUGCUAAAUAGGAGGUUCAGCGAGUGGCCCUCUGAGACCACCAAUGUCAUCAUCCUAGAGACGUCCAACCUGAUAAUCCGCAGUGCUUCUGAGUUAUGCCUGAACACUGCGAGCCAAGAGACCCAGGAGAGUACCUUCCACAAUAACCCCUUCUUCAAGCUGCGCUCCCGGAGCACCCAGUCACUGGUGGACCAGGAGAUAAAGGUGGUCAAGCAGAGAGAGGAGGAGCUAAGGAGGCAGAGAGCACGCCUGUAUGCUAAAGAGAAGUAUGACACUGUCCUGGUGUCUCCAAACCUGCUGAACAGCCCAUGCCUUGACAGAACUGAACUGCCUGGAAGGUGCAAGUCCUCUCCAUCCUCACCUAUGAAGACAGCACGUAAAAUGGACCGCUCCACACUUUCGUGUGAUCACAAGUAUUCAGACACAUUCUCCGGAGCACGGCGCAAGAGUACCAUGGCCAUGCGCUGGGAAUCGGGGGAAUUUGCCAACCAUGGGAAGGACUGAAAUCAUGGGUUCCCUUCCAAAGUAGAGAAGUCUACAGUAUAUUUUCUGUAAUACUUUCCAGUUUCUUGAAGUGGUGCCGUGUUAUGUUAGUUUGCAACAUGCACUGCUUGUGUGACUUUAUCAACAUACAGUAUGUCAAUACAUGACAUCAGGCCGGUUUUUCAUGGACAUAGAUUAAGCUUAGUCCUGGACUAAAUUAAGUUUUGUAUGGAGAAUCUCCAUGCAAAAUUUACUUUAUUCUAGGACUAAGAUUAAUCUUUGUCUGUGAAAUUGCAAUUUGUGUGUAAAAUCUGUACAAUGUAAGAUGUUGAACGUUAUAUAUGAAUGGAGUGUUUAGUUAAUUAUUCAUGUUUAUAUUGAGCAAAUCUUUAUGGCUAUUUUUGAUGUACUGUAUCAUGUUGGUUACAAAGCGAGGAGGGUAUUUAUUGUAUUUUCGUAUUCUAUUUUCUUCAGGACAGAAAAAAAAUCAAAAGAAUGUAGGACUUUACAUAUAAUGUAUUGUACAAACAGUUAACAGUUUGAAAAUGACAUUUACAUUCUGUAGCAUGAGUAAAUGCAAGUGCUUAUUCAACCAUUUAAAAUAAGCUAUGUUAGUAAUGAACAGUGAAUGUCAGUGAAUGCCACAUGAAUUUAUAUUAUUUUCACCAGUAUUGAGCCAACAGGAGGAAGUCCUUUGAAUGGAGUAGGGGGGAACAGGAAGCACUUUACAGUACUUCCUUCCUGUUGUCAUGAUCUUUUUGUUACUUUUUAAAGAGCCCCACGCUCUUGAGAAUGUUCAGGUAACUGCAACAAUGUUGCAGGAUUUGUCACAUUUAUAUAUUGCUCUUGCUUUAAAAUGACAAGAAAAUAAGUGCAGAUUUUCACUGAAAACAUGAAGGGCACACUGGAAACAAAACAAACAGGGGUUUUAAAGUUUUUUAAAUGUAUCAAUGUACUGUAUACUGCAAACCCGCAAUGUGUUUUAGGAACAGAUACAGAAUGUGCAACAGACCAGUAGCGCUUGCUAAUACAGGAUAUUCAAUUACAAACUGAGGUCCUUUUAGGCAGUAUUUGCACCAACUUUAAUUUUAAAUGUCUUGUUUUGAAGAUUUCUGGUUUUUGUAUCUUUUGCUAUUAACAAAUUUGCUUGAAUGUUUUCCCAGUCAACCAGUUUUGCCUGCUUCGAAUAAUUUAAAAGAUUUCUAUCUGUAUGUAUGAAUGAAAAAAUAGAAUACAAGAGAAUUUCAAAUGCCUUCUUUGAGGUACAUCUACGGUAUGUCUUUGGUUCUCUUUGUAUGUUGAACAACACUGCUGCAAAAAUAAAGAUGUACUAAAAAAAAACAUAGAAUUUUCAUACUUCAUCUGCUGAUCGUAAUUCUCCAAGUUGAUUUAUUGCACAAUUAAAUGGCUAGUUCAAUAAUCAGUUGUUUUAAA